AUGGGUAAUAGACAUAUAAUCAAAGGCUGGGGAAAUUGCAAAAAUGUUACUCUACAAUUACAAGGGCUGACAAUACAAAAUAUUUCUUACCUUUGCAGUUGGGUAGCAUAGAUCUCAUACAAAAGGCUUCGUAUGCAGUGGUUGAGAACAAUCGGAUGGAUGCAUGUCCAUUGGUAGCUAUUAAUUAUGAAAUUCGUGGCGUAUGGGAAGGUAAAAACGUUGAAAGAGAUGCAAGUCUGUCAAAAGCUAUUAUUUCCUUGAAUACUAUGGAAAAACUAAUUAGGAGGAACCAACCAUUAUCACUAGUACUACAUCAAGUACCAGCACCUUCUCAAGAACAAAUAAAAUAGUCUUUAGUGCAGAAUUAUAAGGUAUACUUUCGAGUCAAUUUCUUUAAGUAUUUUCUCGACUAAUUGAAUUACCUCCUAAAAGAGAGACAGACCAUUCGAUCCAUGUCUACCCAGAGCUAACUUUUCAAUCUAAGAUUGUAUAAAUACAUUAUCAGAAGGAUGAAAUUGAAAAGAUCAUUCAAGAACUUGGCAACAUAGGUAUAAUUCAACCAUCACAAAACCCUUAUGCCAGUCCAACAAUUCUAGUAAAAAACGAACGAUGAGGGAUGGCGGUUUUGUGUGAAUUAUCAUGCCUGAAACAAAAUAAUUGUGUCCAAUCAUUACCCUAUACUUGUAGUAGAUGAGUUAUUGGAUGAGUUACAUGGGAUGACCGUAUUUUCAAAAUUAGAUUUAAAGUUUUACUAUUCUCGAAUCAAAAUGAAGAUUGAUGACAUUCCAAAAAUGACAUUUAAACCCCAUGAAGGCUAAUUACGAAUUUGUGGUAAUGUUAUUUGGUUUAAUGAAUAAUCCCGUUACUUUUCAGUCAUUCAUGAACCAGAUUUUUCAACCUUAUAUCUGUCAAUUUGUUCUAAUAUUUUUUGAUGACAUUUUAGUCUAUAGUAGAGACCAAGAUCAACAUGAGUAGCACAAACUGUCAUUUUGUGAGGACCACCUACAUGUGAACGCAAAUAAGUGUCAAAUCGGCCAACACAAAUUGAAAUAUCUGGGGCACUAGAUUUUAAUUGAAGAGGUAAUGGUGGAUGAAUGAAAAAAUUUAGUUAUGAGAAGUUCGUCAGUUCCAAAGAAUGUUCAUGAAUUACGAUUGUUCCUUGGACUUACUAGUUACUAUCACCGUUUUGUGAUAAGAUAUUCUUUAAUUGUAGCACCCACGAUUAAAUUAUUGAUGAAGGAACCAUUCUGUUGGAAUCAAGAUGGCCAAAGUGCUUUUGAUCACCUUCGGGAGGCAAUGUCUACAACUCCGGUGUUAUCCUUACCUGAUUUUUCUAAAAUAUUCAUCAUUGAAAUAGAUGCUUCAAAUUAUGGAAUUGGAGCUGCGUUAAUGUAA